GCGUUCCAGUGUGGAUUUACAUAUACAGAUUUCCGUGGAAGUGUGGAGUGUGGCGAGCAUUUCAGUAACCGACAAGACAGACGCAAACAACUUUACGGAACUUUCCUGUCGUCCUUGUCGUUUUUCGCCGUACAAAAACAUCCGACUCGAUAAGGUUUUUGCAACUUUCGUCGCCUCUCAACUCCCCGUCUUACUUUUUUUUUUUCCGCCGUAAGUCAGGCAGGCAGGCGGGGGAGCUUUUCGGACAAGUCGGGAAGCAGUUGACGCCGGUUAGAAGGGCUGUGGCCAUGGCUGGAGGUGGCGGCGGCGUCGGGCUUUCUCCACUCGGGCCCGCACCGCCGAUGUGGUAUCACCGGGACCUGAGUCGAGCUGCGGCCGAGGAGCUGCUGGCCCGCGCCGGGAGAGAUGGCAGCUUCCUGGUACGGGACAGCGAGAGUGUCAACGGAGCUUACGCUUUGUGUGUGCUGUUUCAAAAGCAUGUCCACACAUACAGGAUACUACCAGAUGAAGAAGGAUUUUUGGCUGUCCAGACGUCACAGGGCGUGCAGCCGAAGCGGUUUAAAACGUUACCAGAGCUUGUGUCGUUGUACCUACAACCCAGCCAGGGCCUGGUGACCACCCUGCUUUUUGCAGUGGACCGAGAGGAAACCGCCAUCCUUGAUGACCGCGACUACUCAGAUGGAGAGGAUGAGAAGCCACCCCUUCCCCCACGAUCAGCAUCCAAUUCUACUCCCCCUGGAUCUGACGUGCCUGCUGACAGUACCCCAACAGCAAAUGGCCUGAGCACCAUCUCCCAUGAGUAUCUGAAGGGCAGCUAUGCUUUGGACCUUGAGGCCGUCAAACAGGGAGCCUGCUCGCUACCUCACCUUAACAAGACACUUGUGUCCUCGUGCAAGCGACUCAAUGGGGAAGUGGAUAAGGUCCUGUCUGGUCUCGAGAUCCUGUCAAAAGUGUUCGAUCAGCAAAGUGCCUUCAUGGUGUCAAAGAUGAUCCAGCAGUCAGUGAAUCAGGGUGGAGACCAGGAGUUGGAGAACCUUGUGACCAAGCUUGCUAUUCUCAAAGACCUGCUGUCUUCCAUCGAGAAGAAGGCUCUGAAAGCUCUUCAGGACAUGAGUUUGUCCUCCCCGUGCGCCCCUGCUCCACUCUCUAUGCGUCACAGCAAAGCCAUCCCAGUGCAGGCCUUUGAGGUCAAACUGGACGUCUAUCUGGCAGAGCUGACCAAGAUAGGGAAGAGUCAGAAGUACACUCUGUCAGUAGACGUGGAGGGAGGCAGACUAGUAGUGAUGAAGAAGGUGAAGGACAGCCAGGAAGACUGGACAACAUUCACACAUGACAAAAUCCGUCAGCUGAUCAAGUCCCAGCGGGUGCAGAAUAAGCUAGGCAUUGUCUUUGAGAAGGAAAAGGACAAGAGCCAGAGGAAAGACUUCGUAUUUGCUAGUGCCAAGAAACGGGAAGCCUUUUGCCAGCUGCUACAGCUGAUGAAAAACAAACAUUCCAACCAGGAUGAGCCCGACAUGAUCUCUGUCUUCAUUGGCACCUGGAACAUGGGCUCAGUUCCUUCACCCAAGUCGGUGGCUUCUUGGGUGUUAUGUCGAGGACUCGGAAAGACAUUGGACGAGAUGACCGUUACUAUCCCAAAUGACCUGUACGCAUUUGGAACGCAAGAAAACUCUGUGAAUGAUCGCGAGUGGGUAGAGUCCAUAAGAGUCAUGUUGAAAGAGCAAACCGAAUUGGAUUAUAAACCGAUAGCAGUGCAGACGCUAUGGAACAUAAAGAUCGCUGUGCUCGUGAAGCCGGAACAUGAGAACCGCAUCAGCCAUGUCGGAAUGUCCAGCGUCAAGACUGGGAUCGCUAACACACUUGGUAACAAAGGGGCGGUUGGUGUUUCUUUCAUGUUCAACGGAACAUCUUUUGGUUUUGUCAACUGUCACUUGACCUCAGGGAAUGAAAAGAUUGCGAGGAGGAACCAAAAUUAUCUCGACAUUUUGCGUCUACUUUCACUUGGAGACAAACAACUGAGCUCGUUUGACAUUUCACUGCGCUUCACGCAUCUGUUCUGGCUUGGAGAUCUCAACUACAGAUUGGACAUGGACAUACAGGAGAUACUUAACUACAUAAAUAGGAAGGAGUUUGAUCCGCUGCUGAAGGUGGACCAGCUAAAUCUGGAGAGGGAGAAGAACAAAGUGUUUUUACGCUUUGCGGAGGAAGAGAUCUCCUUCCCACCCACCUACCGAUAUGAACGCGGUUCAAGGGACACGUAUGUUUGGCAGAAGCAGAAAGCAACUGGGAUGAGGACUAAUGUUCCAUCCUGGUGUGACAGAAUCUUGUGGAAGUCUUACCCGGAAACGCACGUCGUUUGCAACUCCUACGGGUGCACGGAUGAUAUUGUGACCAGUGACCACUCCCCUGUGUUUGCAACCUUUGAGGUGGGCGUGACCUCACAGUUUGUCUCCAAGAAAGGACUGGCUAAAUCUUCAGAGCAAGCUUACAUCGAGUUUGAGAGCAUCGAGGCCAUCGUGAAGACCGCAAGCAGAACCAAGUUCUUCAUCGAAUUUUACUCCACUUGUUUGGAAGAGUUCAAGAAGAGUUACGAGAACGACAGUCAGAGUAGCGACAACAUCAACUUUCUCCGCGUGGGCUGGUCCAACAAGCAGUUGACGACGCUCAAACCCCUUCUGUCGGAGAUCGAGUACCUGCAGGACCAACACCUGCUACUCACUGUGAAAUCUUUGGAUGGAUAUGAAUCCUACGGAGAGUGUGUGUUAGCGCUGAAAUCGAUGAUUGGCAGCACAGCACAGCAGUUCCACACUUACCUGUCUCAUCGCGGCGAGGAAACGGGAAACAUCAGGGGAUCAAUGAGGGUUAGAGUCCCUUCUGAAAGGAUGGGAACCAGGGAAAGACUCUAUGAAUGGAUCAGUGUUGACAAAGAUGAAACGGGUAUACCCAAAGGGAAAUCCACCCAGGCAUCCAGAGUGGGACAUGAAUAUGUGAAGCCACCUGUGGUUCGUAAGCAGCUGGGAGAGCUGGGAAAGGUCAGCGAAGAGGUAGAGAAGACCAGCAAGGAGGAAACGGCUGCAAGGCCGAAACAGGAUUCUUCCGAUGGCGAUACGUCUGUUGGCAAGAACAGCUACAAUAACCCCGCCUACUACAUUUUGGAAGGUGUUCCCAAUCAGUCGGCCGCUGCGCUGACGUCUGAGCUUCUUCCUUCACCACCCACCCCCGCACCCCAGUCUACAAAAGCCUUCCCUCCUGUGGCUGUAUCUCGGACCAAACCCCCCUGCGCCUCCGCAGCACAAUGUCUCCCACGUAGGCCCAUGACAGGUCACUCGGUGCGUGCCAUCAGUGAGGAGGGGUCCUCAGAGGACGAUGGAGGAGUGUGUGUGGGAGGGGCACAAGGGGGGGCCACUGUGGCGAACACACUCAAUCGCCCUCCCCCGGAUUUCCCGCCCCCUCCCCUCCCAAAGGGAGCGAUUGAGAUGGCCGUAGAGGCACCUUUCUUAAAGCCUCGCCCACUUCACCCGGAUCUAGCUGAGGUCAAGAUCCCUGCGGCCGUUCCCGGUGCUCCGUUGGCCCUCGGGGAAGGUUUUAGGCGAGGAGGGGGAGGUGGCGCCGUCGGUGGAGGGGGGGCACUGGACGACCAGUCUUGCUCUGUGCUUCAGAUGGCAAAGACCCUGAGCGAGAGUGAGUUUUCUGGACAACCUCCUCGUGCUCCCUCUGCACCACCUCCCCUCAGGGGCCAGGCUAUGGGUUUAGGUCUGGAGGCCUGCCGCACCUUCCCGCCCAGAAUUGCCAUCACAGAAAGUAUCGCUGAGGACCUUCCUGAGGAGGCACUUUGGGGUAGCAGUAGCUCGUCUAUGUCCGUGGGGGAGUCUUCAGUGGGGGAAUGGCUGCAAAGGCUGGGACUUGAGAGGUAUGAGCAGGGACUGCUGCACAACGGCUGGGACGACUUGGAGUUUCUCAGUGACAUUACAGAGGAGGACCUGGAGGAGGCGGGAGUCCUGGACCCCGCCCACAAGCAUAUGCUGCUGGAGAGCCUCAGACAGCAGCAGAAACUGUAGCAAAUUUACGAACGCUUCAAACAGUCGUUGCUGUCGUGACGUCCAACGGUGCCUUCUGAGGGAUUGUGCACUUCAUUUUGACUUUUUAAAAUGACUUGCUGGACCUUUUCAGAGGCGCCGCCAACGGUUGUUGUUGUUGUUGUAGAUGUGGCCUUAUUUCGGAGUCUGUCGGACGCCGCGUCACUGCAUGUCCCUCAGCUCUCAACGCAGAAGCGAGAACGUUGUCAGGACUGGUCAAGUGUUUCAUGGCGUCCAUAAAGACACGACAAAAGUGGGCACGUCUCAGGUAUUUCCCCAACGACGCUCGCAACCUGGAAAGGAUGUGGAGGAAGUUGCUCCAGUUAAAUGUCAAACCACAGAGACACAAAACCGAAAGUGGCGGUUGCAUUGAGAACCUACAUAACGCGGACUGAACUCAGUCUUUGUCAGUUUCAGUGCCAGCAUGUGUUGUUUCAGUGUUUAUUUAUGGUUUUAUCUUUUCUUGUAAUGAUAAAGGGAAAAACGGUGCCAACCAGUACUCGGCUGAAAGCACAACGUCAGCUUUGGCCCUUUUCACAUGACGUGACAGCAGGCUGAAGGUUUCAUUUCUCAUGUCCACACUAUUUCACUGUGACAGCACAACUUUAUGUCACAAUUAUUCAUACCUAAUUGUAACAGUCAGCUAAGUUGACUAACUGGUUUGAAAGAUUUAAUAAAUCACACUGUUGUCUUGAAGAAAACCACUGGUUACCAAAAAAAACAUGACGACGGACAGAAAA